AUGAAUUUAUCUACCAGUUACGUUCUUCAGCUUUACUUAUUAUUCCAACUUUGUCUCACUAAAGUUAACGGUAACCAAGUUGUGGGUGAUGUGUUGUAUACCCAUUCCGGACUCGACUCCAAGAUAAUUGUUAGGGAAGUACGCGAGGGAAAUGUUCCAUUGGAUUUGAAGAUUGGCGAUGUGGUCAAGAAGGACAACUUCAACUUUAUUGUCAAUUUGGAUGCAGUCGAGUAUAUCCACAAUCAAAAACUAGGAGCAAGUGAAGCAAAACAGGCGGACAAGUCUUUGAUUCAGUUGGCUCAGAGGUAUAUCCCACCAGAAAGCUUGGCUUCAACCUCAAUCACAGAGCGACUCUUUACUGGGGUAGCCAACUUGAUUGCGCCAUAUGUUGGCAAUGGUGUCCGUUUUAUCUUUAACAACAUCGUUUUCAGAUAUAUUAAGUACGCUUACUUUUGGGCUUACCACAUUUCAAAAUACACAAUAAAAGUCACUGGGUUGUAUCUUGAUACAGUUGACACUCCUCAAAAGUGUUUUUACGGUUUAGAUUGGAUCGAAACUCAAGCGCAUGGGAUUUAUUUGGUUGGAUGGGAAACUUUUACUUUGCAUAAUAAUUGUCAAGAAACAAUUAGUUCGAAAUCCAUUGAAACUAUACUUUUACAAGCGCAUUCAUUCACCGACGAGGAGAGCCAUUGCGAAUUUUACAAGAAUGACGCAAACGGAGACUCCGGUGAGUGGUAUGCUGACAUCCGCACCUUAACGAGUGUCUCAGAGGGAAACAUUUGGGACUUGAAGUGUCCCAACUCUCCAGCAGACAAUAAAAAGGAAUCACUUUUGACUACAAUUAUGACCUUUUUCAAAACUGUCACAUAA